UAGGUAACAACCCUUGUGCACGUGUCCGCUGCUUAAACGGUGGCACUUGUAGGGCAUCAGGUUAUUCAGCAGAGUGCCGGUGCCCCGAAAGUUUAACAGGAGACCGGUGUCAAUUUAAAACUUGGCCUAGUAAGUUCACUCAGGUUAAAACAUGUAAUAGUAGACUCACUUGUCACCAUUUUGCUCCGUAUAUUUAAGCACGUUUUAUGGUGAGCGGAAGAAUAGCAUGUGAUGAAUGAAUUCCAAAACUGAACUUAUCUGGGUUGCGUCUAAUAUUAAAAUUUUAACUUAAAAAUCAUAUUUUUUUAAAAAAAUUGUUGUUGUUGUAAACGUAUCAACUAAAAAAAAUCAGUGAUUGAUUACUUUAUAGUAGAUUUUCAAACGUGUUCCAUUUGCAUACUUUAAAACUAUAAUUGCGUUGAUGAAACAGAUGUUAAUUUUUUUUUUUUUUUACAUAAAACAUUAACAUUGAUAUUUAAUAUUUAGUGAGCUUUGAUUCCUUUUGCACAAAUAAUCCUGACCCUAACCCCCCCCCCUCCUUUUUUUUCAUUCCUGCAUUACUUUGCACUGUUGUGAGAAUGUCUUUAACAGCUAGCACUAACCUUCGGCUCAUGCUCGCUACAAGCUUCAUUUUCUAAAACAUUGUAUGCUCAAGUUUUUACGAUUGCUACGUCCAUUUAGAUUCAGUGAAUUCAACUGACUGAUUCGAUAUGUUAGUUAAACGUCUCGCCACAAGCAAUGUUUUUUUUUGUUUGUUUUUUUGUCACCGCACUCCAUUUUAUAAUGUAACGCCCUGGUGACCCGGUUUUGCACAUACGUUAUGGUAACAACUCUGAUUUAUAUGGUUGCCUUGGCUACUGACCAGCUCACCCUUAUCGUCCCGUCCCCAGUAAGCCGAGACCCGUGCCGUAACUUUGUAUGCCAGAAUGGAGGAGCGUGCACUGCCCCCGCUGAUGCCCCAUCGUGCAUCUGUGCCCCGGGCUUUUUCGGCACCAACUGUGAAUGUAAGAUUUAUGUAUCUGUACCAAUGAACUUUAUUACGAUAUCGAGGUCAUGAAUCGGGGUUUUUUUUUUGUUUUUUUUACACUGAAUUUAUCUUAACACUUGUUUAAGUAAAAUUACAUAUUUAACGAUACAUAGUUUAUGAUAAAUACACUUUUAGGUUUAUGAUGAAUACACUUUUAGGUUUAUGAUGAAUACACUUUUAGGUUUAUGAUGAAUACACUUUUAGGUUUAUGAUGAAUACACUUUUAGGUUUAUGAUAAAUACACUUUUAGGUUUGUGAUGAAUACACUUUUAGGUUUGUGAUGAAUACACUUUUAGGUUUAUGAUGAAUACACUUUUAGGUUUAUGAUGAAUACACUUUUAGGUUUAUGAUGAAUACACUUUUAGGUUUAUGAUGAAUACACUUUUAGGUUUAUGAUGAAUACACUUUUAGGUUUAUGAUGAAUACACUUUUAGGUUUAUGAUGAAUACACUUUUAGGUUUGUGAUGAAUACACUUUUAGGUUUAUGAUGAAUACACCUUUAGGUUUAUGAUGAAUACACUUUUAGGUUUAUGAUGAAUACACUUUUAGGUUUAUGAUGAAUACACUUUUAGGUUUAUGAUGAAUACACUUUUAGGUUUAUGAUGAAUACACUUUUAGGUUUAUGAUGAACACACUUUUAGGUUUAUGAUGAAUACACUUUUAGGUUUAUGAUGAAUACACUUUUAGGUUUAUGAUGAAUACACUUUUAGGUUUGUGAUGAAUACACUUUUAGGUUUAUGAUGAAUACACUUUUAGGUUUAUGAUGAAUACACUUUUAGGUUUAUGAUGAAUACACUUUUAGGUUUAUGAUGAAUACACUUUUAGUUUUAUGAUGAAUACACUUUUAGGUUUAUGAUGAAUACACCUUUAGGUUUAUGAUGAAUACACUUUUAGGUUUGUGAUGAAUACACUUUUAGGUUUGUGAUGAAUACCCUUUUAGGUUUUUGAUGAAUACACUUUUAGGUUUAUGAUGAAUACACUUUUAGGUUUAUGAUGAAUACACUUUUAGGUUUGUGAUGAAUACACUUUUAGGUUUAUGAUGAAUACACUUUUAGGUUUGUGAUGAAUACACUUUUAGGUUUAUGAUGAAUACACUUUUAGGUUUAUGAUGAAUACACUUUUAGGUUUAUGAUGAAUACACUUUUAGGUUUAUGAUGAAUACACUUUUAGGUUUAUGAUGAAUACACUUUUAGAUUUAUGAUGAAUACAUUUUUAGUUAAGUAAUAUCGUAACGGGCCAUUUAACUUGUAACUCGAAUUAAGGCUCCUAGAAUUCAUAUUAUAUUUUUAAAAUUCCAAUUUUAGCAAAUAACAAGGGGGAAAAAAUGGGAGAGGGGGGGGGCAUUUUACACAUCAGUUCUACUGCCUAUUGUUCCUGUAUUUUAAAAAAAUGUUCACCAUACACCAAAAAUAUAAUAAGGGUUCACCGUAUCUCAAAACAGGUAAUUAGGGUUCAAAAUAUCUCAAAUGUAAUAAGGGUUCCCCUGAUCUCAAAAAAAGGUAAUCAGGGUUCAAAAUAUCUCAAAUGUAAUAAGGGUUCACCGUAUCUCAAAAAAUGGUAAUCAGGGUUCCAAAUAUCUCAAAUGUAAUAAGGGUUCACCGUAUCUCAAAAAAUGGUAAUCAGGGUUCAAAAUAUCUCAAAUGUAAUAAGGGUUCACCGUAUCUCAAAAAAUGGUAAUCAGGGUUCAAAAUAUCUCAAAUGUAAUAAGGGUUCACCGUAUCUCAAAAAAUGGUAAUCAGGGUUCAAAAUAUCUCUAAUGUAAUAAGGGUUCACCGUAUCUCAAAAAAAAAAAAAAACAACCUAAACACAGCUCACCAUGUUUCAAAAGAUGAAAAUGAUAGUGGAUACUUGGAACAGUUUCGCUGCUGAACCUUCGAACGUUUUCAUUUUAGUUAUGAUCUAAGGACACAGUUUGUAAAGCUAUAUCGCACUUUAUUUGUAUUCUAGGGACGCAGUCUGUAAAGCUCUAACGGGCUGUUUAUUUGAUGACUCCACCGCUGACCUUUCAAAUGCCAACCAUAACACUCCCGCGCGUUUAUUAUUUUUUUCCCAUUCAGUUAACAGAGAUCCUUGCUUCAACUUUAAAUGUCAAAACGGUGGCAGGUGCACGGCCCCAGCAGACGCCCCUUACUGUGAGUGCCCAAGUGGUUUCACUGGGGACAAAUGUGAGACGAGAAUCACCGGCGGAGGCUCCGGGCAGUGUCCAGUAAGUUGGGACUUUUUAAAAAAAAACUAAAUAUUAGACUAUAUUGAUUUAUUUUAUUUUAUUUUUUUUAAAUAUUGUCAUUUUUUUAUUUUUUUUAUUAGUGAGAUGGAUGGAUUGUUUCUUCUAUAUCAUAUUGAUUUAUUGGUUUCUUAUGGAUUUAUUUUUAUUCUUCUAAAUAUCAUAUUGAUUUAUUGGUUGUUUUUCAGAUCCAUUUUUUUUCUCAAUAUCAUAUAUAAAUUUAUUGGUUGUUUUAUAGAUUUAUUUUUUUUUCUUCUAAAUAUCAUAUUGAUUUAUUGGUUGUUUGCAGAUUUAUUAUUUUUCUGAACGUGCAUUACAAGUUGAUUCGUUUUUAACUGUAUUAUUUUACAUACUUAGUUUAAGGACAGUGGGUGUGACAAAACUCGCUAAUGCUCACAGAGCACACUGUUUACUAAAGCUUACUAUUCAACUCACAGAGCACGCUGUUUACUAAAGCUUACUAUUCAACUCACAGAGCACGCUGUUUACUAAAGCUUACUAUUCAACUCACAGAGCACGCUGUUACCUAAAGCUUACUAUUCAAAACAUAGGUUUAAAAAAAAUAUAUUAUUUUCUUUAAUUAUUAAGUUAACAUUGGUUUUAAUUUUGAAUUUGUGCGAGUAAAAACGAGGACGGUGGCAUACUCCUACACUAUCGCGGGGUCAAUCAUGUUUCGCAUUAAUAGAUACACAUGUCAUUAUUUGGUAUCAAUAGAAGACCAACGAGGACUCUGUCGGACUAUGUCGUGGUGGUACCUUCUGCUCCAGCGACUCUACUUGUUCUAAAGGACAGAGAUGUUGCCCCAAUGCUUGCGGCAGGAAAAUCUGUACAAGAGUCAAUCCUGGUGAGCCUUGUAGACUAUGAUCUUGCCAUGGUUAUCUGCUGGAUUGUGAGCAGGCGUUGUUUAAUGGGGGGUAAGGGGGCGGGGGGGGGGCUUAGCUCCACCCCCAGCUACGUUCGGGAAACUUGUGGCUCUGCUCCGAGAAAAUUAAAGAAAAUUGGGGGGUUGGGGUGGGUGGGGGGGUGCAAAGUGCUUUAAGGAAUGUAUUUAUUAUUGCCACAUUAUUGUAAUGUUUUAGCAAGGAAAUAGAAAUCUAUGUAUCAGAAACAGGGCUUUAGAAGAGUGUGGCUACACAGCUGGUGUAAGAGUGGUGGUGGUAUAGAUGUAAAGAUUGGGAAAAAACACUGCAGGUAUAUAGUGUGGGGAAACAUAGCUGUAAAAGGAAUGUAUUUAUUAUUGCCACAUUAUUGUAAUGUAUUAGCAAGGAAAUAGAAAUCUAUGUAUCAGAAACAUGGUUUUAGAAGAGUGUGGCUACACAGCUGGUGUAAGAGUGGUGGUAGUAUAGAUGUAAAGAUUGGGAAAAAACACUGCAGGUAUAUAGUGUGGGGAAACAUAGCUGUAAAAGUGUGGGGCAACAGAGCUGACCGGCGAGUUGGGCAACAGGGCUGACCGGAGAGUUGAGCAACACGGCUGGUAGGAGAGUGAAGAAACAUAGCCCUAAAAAAUGGAUCAAAAUAGCUGAUCGAAGAGUGGGACAGCAUUGCUGUUAACCGGACGUGGCCUCAAUUUUAAUAAAGUUUUGAUUAUAAACGUCGAAUACUUUUUCUAAAAAAAAAUUAAUACAUUUUAAAAAUAAAAUUUGGAGCUCGGAAAAUUUUACUAUCUCCAUCUCCGGACAAACAGAUCCUGCUCCAGAGCUCCGAGAUUCAUUAUAAAUCCCUGGUGGUUGUAUUUAAAGAUAACGUGAUGGCAUGCGUGAAUUGACACCACGUGUCAUCGUUUGACAUGCCAACUGAUGAUCGCCAUAAUUUUUGUAAUCUUAUUCGGAGUUUUGGCUUCAAAAUGUGCAUUUAAAUGUAUACUAAAUGGAUGCUAAAUGUAUACUGAAUGCUUUAAUGAUUCAACCGACUCUUUUAUCUCCAGUCAUCGUAGACCCGUGCCGUGACUUUGUAUGCCAGAAUGGAGGAUCGUGCACUGCCCCCGCUGAUGCCCCAUCAUGCAUCUGUGCCCCGGGCUUUUUCGGCACAAACUGUGAAUGUAAGAUUUAUGUAUCUGUACCAAUGAACACCGUUACGACAUCGAUCUCAUCAAUCGUGUUGUUUAAAUGAUAUAUAUGAAAUUGAUAUGACAAUGAAAUUGAUACGAUAAUGAAAUUGAUAUCAUAAUAAUAAUUUGAUCUUGACAAUUUAGAUACUUUAACAUUUCCGCAGCUUUUCUUUUUUUUAAACCAUUGUACUUCAAUUGAUGUCACAGGGACAAAGUUCCUAUAGUUCGCAUCCACCAUUGAUCGUAUAACUUCAUCUCUGAACGAACCUGUCCGUAGCCAACCAUAACACUCCCGCGCGUUUAUUAUUUUCCCAUUCAGUUAACAGAGAUCCUUGCUUCAACUUUAAAUGUCAAAACGGUGGCAGGUGCACGGCCCCAGCAGACGCCCCUUACUGUGAGUGCCCAAGUGGUUUCACUGGGAACAAAUGUGAGACGAGAAUCACCGGUGGAGGCUCCGGCCAGUGUCCAGUAAGUUGGAACACUUUGUUGGAAAAAAAAAAUCAUUUCGAUUUAUUAGGCAUUAUCUGAAUAUAAUUGUGUCCGGUGUUCAUUACACCUUGAUCCGUGUUUUAACUGCAUCUUUACAUUCUUUAAAAGUCCGUUACUCGAAUCCAAAAUGUGUCAAGUAACUUAGUAGACGGGAAGUUAACACAUAGCCGCAGCCAUUGUUUUGGGUGGUUACUUCCAUAAUUACACACAUUAUACGCACCAUUUAAAAUGUACUUUAAAAAAAAACUGGAAUUUCUUUGAGUUUACAUUCGUUUGAAUUAGGCUUUAUAUGAAUUCCACGAAGGAAUACGUAGAAUCAUUCGCUAUGGAAGGGCCAAUCAUUUUUCACCUUUAUAGAUAAACUUUUCAUUUUCUUAUUUUUUUUUAAAAAACAGAUCAUUUAUGAAGACACCGUUGGAGUGUGUGGCGGCAAAAUGUGCUCCAGAGACUCUGAAUGCGCUAAAAUUACAGGAGCGAAAUGCUGCGCCAGCGCCUGUGGCGGGAAACUCUGUACCGUGGUCAAUGCCGGUUAGCUUUAUAGACUUUGAUCUUGUGAUGGUCAGCUAUUCUAGGAGCUAACAUCUAGUCAUCAUUGCAUAAUGUGGAAGAUUUUUUUUUUGUACCCUUUCAGUUUUUAAAUUUUAUGUAGAAGAUUUUUAGUUCAACCUAUAUUUUUUAAAUAUAUAUUUUUUUUAAAAAUUGGUUUCUUUCGUAAAUUUGUGUUUUCACUUUACUAUGUGUUUUCCCCAACACAUACAUUUAGUUUAUCUACAUUUAUAUCUUUGUUUCGUAUUAUUUAUUUCAAAAAAAAAAUAUAUUUAUGUACUCAUUGUACAAAUGUUCCAUUCAAUUUAUGAACUUUGCGGUUUUCAACUUUAAAUAACACGUCAUUAAAAUAACAUUGGUUUAAAAAUCAAACGUUAAAGAUUAUGAGAAAGGAACAUGGCUUUAAUUUAAUAUUGUCAUCAAUAGUUUUUGGAGUUUUCUUUAAAAAAGUAAUAUUUAGUUUUUAAUAGUUAAAAGUAGCAAAAAAAUUUUGUUUAAUGAAUUACAUGAUUGGUAGACAUCUCUAUCUAAUGAUAAUAAAACGAACUGUACCUAGGGUUGGGUACCGCGCUAAAUAUAAAAACACGAAUAAUAAUAAUAAUUUUCGACCGGCAUAGUUAUAUAUUCUAUAAUAUUAUUAACUGCUGGAUUUUUAGCAACUUUUUCUUAGGGGUUGGGGGCUCGGCUCGACUCUAGCUAUGUUCGUGAAACAUUUGGCUCCGCGCCAAGCUUCUAGCAAAUUAAAGAAAAAAGUAUGUGGGUGGGGGGGGGGGAGUACUGCCAAGUACUUAAAGGCAUGUAUUUAUUAUUGUCACAUUAUUUUUAUCUAUUAGCAAGGAAAUAUAAGUCUAUGUACCAGAAACAUGGCAAUAGAAAAGUUGGCAACAAUACUGGUAUAAGAGUGGUGACAGUAUAGAUGUAAAGAUUGGGAAAAACAUUGCAGGUAUAAAGUGUGGGGAAACAUAGCUGUGAAAGAAUGGGGCAACUGGGCUGACAGAAGAGUGAAGAAUCAUAGCUCUAAAAUAUAUGGAGCAACAUAGCUGGGUGAAAGAGUGAGACGGCAUUGCUGUAACCGGACGGGACAUCAAUUUUAUUAAAGUUUUAUAAAGUCAAAUAUUUUUGCUUAAAAAUAAUCAAAAAUAAAAUUUGGAGCUCGGAACAUUAUACUAGCUACAUCUCCGAACAAACAGAUCCUGCCCCAGAGCUCCGAGAUCCAAUCUAAAUCCCUGGUCGGUUGGAUUUAAAGCUAACGUGAUGUCAUGCGUGAAUUGACACCACGUGUCAUCGUUUGACAUGCCAACUGAUGAUCGCCAUAAUUUCUGUAACCUUAUUCGGAGUUUUGGCUUCAAAAUGUGUAUUUAAAUGUAUACUAAAUGGAUGCUAAAUGUAUACUGAAGGCUUUAAUAAUUCAACCGACUCUUUUAUCUCCAGUCAUCGUAGACCCGUGCCGUGACUUUGUAUGCCAGAAUGGAGGAUCGUGCACUGCCCCCGCUGAUGCCCCAUCAUGCAUCUGUGCCCCGGGCUUUUUCGGCACAAACUGUGAAUGUAAGAUUUAUGUAUCUGUACCAAUGAACACCGUUACGACAUCGAUCUCAUCAAUCGUGUUGUUUAAAUGAUAUAUAUGAAAUUGAUAUGACAAUGAAAUUGAUACGAUAAUGAAAUUGAUAUCAUAAUAAUAAUUUGAUCUUGACAAUUUAGAUACUUUAACAUUUCCGCAGCUUUUCUUUUUUUUAAACCAUUGUACUUCAAUUGAUGUCACAGGGACAAAGUUCCUAUAGUUCGCAUCCACCAUUGAUCGUAUAACUUCAUCUCUGAACGAACCUGUCCGUAGCCAACCAUAACACUCCCGCGCGUUUAUUAUUUUCCCAUUCAGUUAACAGAGAUCCUUGCUUCAACUUUAAAUGUCAAAACGGUGGCAGGUGCACGGCCCCAGCAGACGCCCCUUACUGUGAGUGUCCAAGGGGAUUCACUGGGAACAAAUGUGAGACUAAAAUCACCGGUGGAGGCUCCGGCCAGUGUCCAGUAAGUUGGAACACGUUGUUUGAAAAAAAAAAAUCAUUUCGAUUUAUUAGGCAUUAUCUGAAUAUAAUUGUGUCCGGUGUUCAUUACACCUUGAUCAGUGUUUUAACUGCAUCUUUACAUUCUUUAAAAGUCCGUUACUCGAAUCCAAAAUGUGUCAAGUAACUUUAGUAGACGGGAAGUUAACACAUAGCCGCAGCCAUUGUUCCAUGACUAAUUACACAAAUAAUGCGCACCAUUUAAAAUGUACGUUAAAAAAAAAAAAGUAUUUUCUUUGAGUUCAUAUUCGUUUGAAUUUGACUUUAUAUGAAUUCCACGAAGGAAUACGUAGAAUCAUUCGCUAUGGUAGGGCCAAUCAUGUUUCACCUUUAUAAAGAAAUUUUUCAUUUUAUUUUAUUUUUUUAAAACAGAUCAUUUAUGAAGACACCGUUGGAGUGUGUGGCGGCAAAAUGUGCUCCAGAGACUCGGAAUGCGCUAACAUGACAGGAGCGAAAUGCUGCGCCAGCGCCUGCGGAGGGAAACUCUGUACCGUGGUCAAUGCCGGUUAGCUUUAUAGAAUUUGAUUAUGUGAUGGUCAGCUAUUCUAGCCCAUUUAAUACGUUUCGCCGCAGUGUGCGUCACCGCGAUUUCGGCAGAGUACGUUUAGCCACUCUCUGCGUCACCACUGGUUUGUUUCAUUUUAUUAGUAUUCCAACUUUUCCAUUCAACUAUUUUAUUAUAUAGCUUAUCACUUUUUUAUUCAGAAGAGUUCCACUUCCUUUGUGUUGAAUUUCAAACCGAAUAACCCACGUUUAGUGUAUUUUGUGCUCGUUUAUUUCACUUAAAAAUUUGUAAACAAAACACAGCUGAUUGAAAUGGCUGCAUCGAAUAACACUGCUAGUUCUAAUCGACCAGGAUUUCGAUCUAUGACUGCCGAUGAGGCAAGUAAAUUGAUUUGCUUAGAUGAUUCAAGUUCAAAUGAAGAUAAACUGACAACAGUGAUAGUGAUUACGAAAAUUUAUUAUUUGAGGAAACUAUAAACUAGUGAUGAGGAAUAUAUUCCGACUACAAAGAGCCAAAAAGUAUCCAUUGGAAAAGGAAAAAAAAAAUCAACACCAACUAGGCCUAGUUCUACUAAUUCUGUGGCUUCAACUUCAAAGCAUAAUUCAUCUUCAUCUAAAACUAGUCAAUCUACUAGUUCAAAUUAUUUCCCUACUGAGACAGAGUGGUCCGAAGUCCUAACAGGACAAACUGAAAACAAUUUCCGAUUUCAUCCCCUUAGAAAUCCUGGAGUUUGCCCUAAACUUCAAAACAUUGAUAAUGUUAAAGAUUACAUUGUUGAAUCUAUAAAUGCCUAUGCUAAAAAGAAAGUUCACAUGAACACACCUGCACUUAGACGCUCUGUCUUUAGUCGAUGGGUGGACAUAUCAAGGCAGGAGCUAGACAAAUUUAUUGCUGUUCUCAUCUACAUGGGGAUGUAUAAAAGGCCAGCUAUUCUGAUUAUUGGUCUAUGUCUGCUGAAUCCUAUACUCCAUGGAUACACCAUGUAUUUAACAGACAGAGAUUUCAGGACAUCUAUCACUCCAUGCUACACUGUGGCGAUGAAAAUUCCGAAGGGAAAGAUAAAAUUGAACCAUUUAUGAACAUACUCUUGAAUAAGUUUAGAAGUGCAUUCUACCCUUUUCAGGAACUUAGCAUAGAUGAAAUGGUAAUAGGCUUCAAGGGCAGAUGGCAAUUCAAACAAUAUAAUGCCACUAAGCCUAGAAAAUAUCAUAUCAAGACGUUUGGCCUGUGUGAUUCCUCAACGGGUUAUGUUGUUGAUAUUUUGACCUAUUUUGGGGCCAAUACCUCCUAUAACCCAGAAACAGGUUGUUGACUACCUUCUUGCCAAAAACCAAUACUACACAGGAACACUGAAUAUCAACCGCAUUGGAUUUCCACUAGACAUAAAAUCUUUAUCUUUACAACAAAAAGAGAUGAAGUGGUAUAUAAACCAAAACAAGAGCAUGCUCUGUGUUGCUUUCAGGGACAAAAAGGCAAAAAAAAAAGUCAAAUUGGUGUCCACAGAUGCUAGGGUACAAGUUACCGAAACAAAAAAAAAUGGAUAAACCGGAAAUGAUAGACAUUUAUAAUCACAAAAUGAAUGGCUGCGAUAAGCUAGACCGAAAAGUAACAUAUUACUGUGUUUAUGAGCGAAAAACAUUGAAAUGGUGGGAAAAGAUUUUUUUCUGGCUGUUAGAAAUUACACAGGUGAACUCGUACAUUUUGUUUUUACUCUGUCAAGCAGCAGAUGCAAACAAAGUAAAAAUGAGUCUAAAACAGUAUAAACUUAUGUUGAUGCGUCAGCUAACAGAGGAAGUAGCAUUAAAUCAAGUACUAAAAGCACCAGGAAAGGGUCCAGAGACCGGAUGCUUCGAAAAGUCUAAUGAUGCUCAGCACAUUGUUGAUUAUCAUGAAAGGGGCCGAUCUUGUGCAUAUUGCUCAACUGCAACAAAGCGAGUACGCACACAUUUCUAUUGUACUGGGUGUGAAGCCAAACCCCAUCUCCAUCCUAAAGGAUGCUUCAAGGCCUUUCAUUUAAAAUAACAGCUUCAUUUGUGUAUAUAUUUAGUAAAUAUGUGUAAAUAUUUGAGUAUAACUAUUUUUAUUGUUGAAUUUUUGAAAAAAAAAAUUUAACACGUGUCUUGGGAAAGAAAUUCAUAACUUUACAAUUUCUGGAGCUACUGCAAUGAAACUUUCCAGUUGUUUUGGAUGUAUCACAAGACUCAUUUAAAAAAAAUAUGAACUUGAUUGGAUUAUUGUUAUCUGAUUUCUGAGCUGGUGAGUAAAGCAAAACCAAAUAAAUUUUAAAUAAUUUUUUACAUAAACCUGCAAUAAUACCCCCAAAAAUUUUCUUUGGGUAUUUCUUUAUCACUUUUUUAUACUAGAAACAUAUUCCUUUUUCAAUUACCUACAUUUGGAUAUGCAGCAUGAUAUAAUUUUGAUAAAUAACAAAACAGAGCUUUUCAGUUUAAAAUCAUCAGGUCAAAUAGAAUUUUAGUCCCAAAAUUUUACUGCGUUCCCUUACAAAAAUUGUGACGUAUUGAAUGGGCUAGGAGCUAAUAUCUAGUCAUCAUUGCAUAAUGUGAAGGAUUUUUUUUUUACCCUUUCAGUUAUUUUAAUUUUAUGUUGAAGAUUUUUAGUUCAACCUAUAUUUUUUAAAUAUAUUUUUUUUUUAAAAUGAUGGUUUCCUUUCGUAUAUUAUGUUUUCACUUUACUAUGUGUUUUCCCCAACACAUACAUUUAGUUUAUCUACAUUCAUAUCUUUGUUUCGUAUUAUUUAUUUUAAAAAAAAUAUAUUUAUGUACUCAUUUUAAAAAUUUUCCAUUCAAUUUAUGAACUUUGCGGUUUUCAACUUUAAAUAACACGUCAUUAAAAUAACAUUGGUUUAAAAAUCAAACGUUAAAGAUGAUGAGAAAGGAACAUGGCUUUAAUUUAAUAUUGUCAUCAAUAGUUUUUGGACUUUUCUUUAAAAAAGUAUUUUUUUUUUUUUAAUAGUUAAUAGUAGAAAAAAACACUUUUUAAAUGAAUUUCAUGAUCUCUAUCUAAUGAUAAUAAAACAAACUGUACCUAGGCUUGGGUACAUCGCUAUAUAUAAAACCACUAAUAAUAAUAAUACUUUUCGACCGGCAUAGUUAUAUAUUUUAUAAUAUUGUUUAUCAAAAUAAGAAGUCAUGCGUAUCUCUGAUGUAAAAACAAUGUUAAAUAAAUCGGUUUGACUCUCAACUAAUUUUGUUUUCAACCUUUUCUUUUGUAACACUUGUGGUGAACGGUCAUUUUAAGUCCUUUCUUUGUUUCAACAUUUCUUGUUACAUUUGUAUAUCAUAAUUAUUUUUUUAAAGGUUACUCAUGUCUUUUAAAAUAACUUCAGAGCUUGAUAAAAUUGCUCACUAGGAAAGGCUCUAUGCAGGGGCGUCAUUUGGGUAGGACAGUUGGGGGCAUUUGGCCCCCAUGAAUUUUCAGGUUUUAUUUAAAGUGCUAUGUACUUUGGCGCCUCCAGUAAUAAAUCAACAAGGCGGUCAGGUUUUUUUUUUGCGGUCAGUUUUUUUUUUUUUUUUUGCAACCCCCCCCCCCCCCCCUGAAUAACCCCGAAAUGACAGCCCUGGCUCUAUGGCUCCAGGUAAAAGGUUAUUGCAUAAGCCCAAUGACUGCAAUAGAGCUUGUUAAAUAGCUCACCAGCAAAGGCUCUAUAGCUCCAGGUAAGAGGUGAUUCUACAAACACAUUGACUGUAAUGGAACUUGAUAAAAAAGCUCACCAGGAUAAGCCCUAUGGCUCCAGGUAAGAGGUGAUUUCACAAACACAUUGACUGUAAUGGAACUUCAUAAAAAAGCUCACCAGCAAAGGCUCUAUGGCUCCAGGUAAGAGAUGAUUCUACAAACACAUUGACUGUAAUGGAACCUGAUAAAAUAGCUCACCAGGAUAGGCCCUAUGGCUCCAGGUAAGAGGUGAUUCUAUAAAUCUAGUAUUUUAUGAUUAUUUUUUUUUUCAGUUAGAUAUAAAACUACUCUGAUUGUUAUACGGUUUUGUAAAUCAUGAUUUGUAGCCUCAGACAUGUCAUAAGCUAUGUUCCUCACUACAAAACACAUAAACAUAUCCACACAACGAUCCCACACUUGUACUUGUAAAUAUGCAUUUUUUAAAGCAAUAUUAUUCAUUAAAAUUUCUCAAAACAAAGUCAUGGUUCCUGGAUAUUUUGUAAUCUGAAUACAGUCUAGGACUCUAAAAUAGAGUCUUCUCUUCUAUGGAACAGAAUCGAAAGUGUCCAUAUCCAAUUUGACAGUGUUCCAUUGUAGAAACUAAUCAUAAAUACAUUUUGACACAGAAUGUCAUGAGUGGCACUUCUGAAUACUGGUACAAAAACAAAAUUUGUUUAAAAAUAUAUAUAUUACUGUAUGAGUCCUACCCAGUUGAACAUGUCUGCAUUACUUAAUGCUGGAAUAACAUUGAUGGCUUGUAUUUUAGUAACAGAAGAGCUAUAUCUAUAUAUCAAUGGGUGAGGUAAAAAUGUCUCUAAAGCUAUGUUACAUAACCCAUCUAUUUAACCACUUUUUCAUGAAAUACCUCUAGUGGUAACUGGUUCUCACAUAAACUGGUAGCUUGUCUUUUCUUUUAGGUGGUCAUUUUUUAAAAUUUUCUCCUCCAAAUGUUUUGACAAUAAUUUCCAUAAAAAUAAUAUCCAAUAUUUUUUAAAUUUGUUUAAAAGCAUCAGUUUUAUAUUUUAAUAUUAAAGAAAUUUUUUUUUUAAGCAUGUAACUUGUUUGUUUUUCUCUAUGUUCAUUAGAACCAGAAGACUUGAUCACCUUGUGUUCAUUAAUAGACUGUACACCAGACAGAAUCUGUAGGGCCACCUUGCCCUGUGACACGUGUGAGCCAGUGGCCGCGUGUCUGCCACUGUCAGUAGUAGUAGAAGGUAACAUAUUAUUGAACACUAACAACUAUCAAAUAUUAUUCAGCACUUCAUUGGACAAACUGAUAAACUCCCACAUUGGCGAGGAUCACAAGAAACUUCUAAAAAAAAAACUUUACUCCGAGGUAAAAAAAUAAAGACUCGGCUCAAAGCAUCUAGGCUUAAACAAUAUUUUUUUUUUUUUAAAAAUUAACAUUUCAUCUAUCAUUCUCUUUAUUUAGUCUUCCAUCUCUUUCAAUUCCGAUUAACUUUAUUCUUUGCAUUCAACCUGGAAAUAAUAAACAUUACUUAACCAAGAUAGGUAUUACACCUUAAAAAAAUACUUACAAUUUCUUAAAUUAUGUAGAAGAAAAAUGAAACCGUGAUGAAUAAAGAAAUAGAAAUGUAAGCUAGAUGCACUCUUAGGCAGACCGAAAGAAACCAAGAAAUGUUGUAAAGCUAAAUUCCAUUUCAAUUAAUCUGGACAUGCAGACAAAAAGUAACCCUUUUAAUUCAUUGAAACGGGAAUUUAUUUUGCGCAAUUGAGUCAGUCUGUCGAUCGUCAAAACAUGUAGCCCAGUACAUGUGUGUGUAGAGUCAAAAAUAGCUCAAUCGACAACCGGUAAUUUAAGUCGGACACUCGGCGAGCACUUUUUCCUUGGCUGCAUUUUUUAAAAGUACCUAAAUAAAAAAAUUAGGGUCAUGGUAUACCUGUUAAGGCAAUUUUGAAAAGGAUUUGAAAUUCCUGCUUGCAAGCCACACUUUAACCAGAUUGUGCCUUGCUAUGACUAAAACUAAAAUUUUAAAAAUUCAUUCAUAAUCUGUUUCCAACUGGUGUUAUCAAAAUUAAGUUCCAUGGAAAAAAAAAUUAUUUCAAUUUAUUAUUUCAAAUAAAUGUAUUUGUUAUGUUGAAUCAUUUAAUUAUACCUUUUCUUAAUCUCAGAGGUGUAGACAUGAUUAUAUUCUAUUAAAAAAAAUUACAUUUACAUAAUAGUAGAGAUACAUCAAUGAGUAUUGUGUCUUUCUUGGAGCAGGAAUCGACCUGGAGUGCCAGAGACAGAACUACCUGCAGGUGCUUCUAGUGCAGGACGCGAGUCUCCCCGACAACUACAGCCAGCUGAAAUGCAAGGGCCCGCUGGCCACCAGGAGCUGUCCCCCGGGGUCAGUUUGUGUGGACGACCUGAGAGGCGGCGGCACUUGCUGUUUGGGGAAGCUCCUGGAUGACUUUGAAAAGCCAGGCACAUGCCCCAUCAAUGAGGUAAACCUAUAGGACGUACCUUAAUUUUAUGAUUCAGCUGUGUUUCCCUGAAUAGGUAUGGACGAAAUCAAGUCAACAUCGGGAUGACCCAUCACUCGCACUUCGAGGUGUGCAAAGAAGAGUUGUUAUAAGAACAGAGGAGCAACUGACCUUCAUAGCAAUUUAUACAUUGUCAUUACUUUAAAAAAAAAUAAUUCUUUAAUUAUAGUUUAAUAUCUUGCAUAAGUGACUUUAAAAAAAAUCGAAGUUUUGCUUAUGAGCUAUUCUUAUGAGCUAUACUUAUGAGGCCUUCUUAUGACACAUACUUAUUAGUAAUUCUUAUGAGCUAUACUUAUGAGGCCUUCUUAUGACACAUACUUAUUAGUACUUCUUAUGAGCUAUACUUAUGAGCCAAGCGUAUGACCUAUACUUAUGAGCUAUACUUAUGACCAAUACUUAUGGCCCUGAAACUAGUGCUCCAUAGAUGAGCUAGAAGAAAAUAAUCUCCAUCCCUUAAAGUGUUUACCGACUCACAGCUAGCAUUAGAAGGACUAGAAGUUCAAUGGACACGAAAAUGGCUAAUGCCUUUGUGUGGACGUAAUACAGGACAUGAAGUUACAUGGAGGCAGACAGGACCUUCAGUGGAUCCCCGGGCACACGGUACUACCCCUAAAUGAAAGAAAUGACGUUUUUGCGAGGCUAGGGUCUAACCAGCUACCAUCAAACCGGUGAAUGGCCUAGCUGAGGUGGGGGGGGUGGGGUGCAACGUAUAAAUAAGACAUCUUUCGAGAGGAAUGAUUGAAAAAGGGGGCACCUUGCCCAUAAACUUUACCUGAACCACCACACCCAAAAAGGAAAAGGGAAUCAGUGGUGGAGAUUAAAACGUGAACCCCAAAGCCUCAUCAACUUGAUGAGAACAAAACACAGUCCUACUCGGAGCUAUUAUAACAGGGGUUGCAUCCUCUCCAGGGACCCGAGUUGCCGUCACUGCAGACAUGCGCCGGGGAUAGGGGUGCACCUGCUAGCAGAGUGCCCGACAGCAGUAAGUGGAGGGGUCAGUGACACCCCGUACAUCCACACAGAUAGUCUGAUUAACGACGAUGUCCGAAAGAUGCGGUACGCCUGUAAAGUGCCCGCCGGGAUCAUAAAAAAAUCAACGGCUCGGCCACCCGAAAGAGAAAGUACUCUACACAAAUCGUUUGUGUCUCAAAAAUGCACUGAAAAGCAGUAUCUCAGUCCAAACCCUUUAUAAUAUUCUUUGCCCUUUUUUUUAAUAAAGUUGUGAGGUAUCGAGAAAGUUUAGAAACCCUGCGCUCUUGAAUCCAGUGAAGCCUCGUGUUUGAAUUUAGUUGUAUCUUUCAACAUACUGAUCAGUUUAUAGAAGAUACUACUUUUCUUAAAACUUAUGAACCAAUAUGUCCAAAAUUAUAUGCAUGUUUCACCCAAUGUCCAAAAGUACAAGCCCGUUUCACCUAAUCUCAAAUUGUGCACGCAAGUUUCACCUAACGUCUAAAAGUACACGCCUGUUUCACCUAAUGUCAAAUUGUGCAUGCAAGUUUCACCUAACGUCUAAAAGUACACGCCCGUUUCACCUAAUGUCAAAUUGUGCACGCAAGUUUCACCUAACGUCUAAAAGUACAAGACCGUUUCACCUAAUGUCAAAUUGUGCAUGCAAGUUUCACCCAAUGCCAAAUAGUACACGACCGUUUCAUCUAAUGUCAAAUUGUGCACGCAAGUUUCACCUAACGUCUAAAGGUAUUUGACCGUUUCACCUAAUGUCCAAAUAUUACACCCACGUUUCACCCACUUAACUAUCAUGAUGAUAUAUUAAAGCUUAUAUUAAUCUUACAUUUAAAAAAUAUUUUUGUAACAAUUUUCUUCAAACAGCCAGGAGACGUCGGUGUUUGUGGUGGCGAGAGGUUCUGCGAUAAAGACAGCCAGUGUCCAGGAAGUCAGAAAUGUUGCGGAAGCCCGUGUGGUGGUAGUCUGUGCACCGACCCAGAUACAGCGAGCCAGGGUCCAAUCUGUCCAGGCGGAUGUCCAAAAGGUUGGGACUAGUUGCGCUGCAAAUAUUUGGUUCUCAAAAAAAUGGUCUUUCAAAAAAAAGAUCUAACUUCGCUUACUAACUCUGCACCAAAAUGAAUUUUAAUUAUUAGGGGAAACAUUACAUAUUUACUGUCUCUUGUUCACAUACAUAUAACUGUUUAUUUAGUUACUAGAUUAAAUGACCCGAUGGUAUCGGGAAAAUUUCUGUAGAUCGAUUGCAAUAAUUUCUACCUGCUAUUGCAAAAUCUCAUCACACUUCAUAACUUUAAAAACACACUUCAUAACUUUAAAAAUAAGAAUCUAUUUAAUAAUAUAUUCGUUUCAAACAUCCUUAAGUUUUGAGAAAUAUGUAUCUGCCAUAUAUCAUACACGUACCCUAAUCCCUUUUACGCUCCUAAAUUACUUUUUUACAUCUAAACAUGAUCUUAAAAUACUCAGUAUAAAUUAUCACUAAUUAUAUAACUUUUGUCACUAAAGAUGUUAAUUGAGGGGCGAUUUCUACCCUAGAAAAAUAAAUUAGAUUUACCCUUUUCGUGCCCUUAAUUUACAGUUUUUUCUUCUAAGAAUUGGAAAAAAACAUAACAAUAUGACAUAAAUAUAUGCAAUUUGAAAGGAAUUUGAUAUAUUUAUAUCUUCAUAAAAAUGUAAACACACUUUUGCAUUGUUUUUUUUUUUUAAUUAUACAUUAUCAGAAAAUCGUAAAAUAAAGAAUUAUUUUAUUUAAAGAAGAUUCUCGCAAAAUUUGUCCACACCCAUAACAGACUUGGGUGUCUUUUUUAAAAUUUAAAUUGUUAAUCUCAUAAAAAUACACACCUCUUUAUUUUUUGCAAAGUAAAAACAAAAAUAUAUUUUCAUUUUUUGAAAGUAAAUAUUAACCCAUCUCUAUUUUUUUAAAUUAAUUUUUCAAGUGUGUAAAAUAAUUGGAUUUUGAUAUUCAUGGUUGUACUUAUAUAAAUGUAACCACGAUCUGUUCACGCCAUUGAUUUUCUUAAUUGGUAAACAUAUGUUUCUUUGUAAAAAGACAAUGUAGCAUCUCUUUUUCUUCACAAAUGUAAUACCAUAUGAUUUAAACAUAUGGUCAUCCACGUAAAAAUGUACAGAUCCUUUUUCCUACCUCCGAUAUGUAUGUACCCAAGAAGGUUAAUUAUUUAUCAAUUCAUUCCUUUAUUUUGAGACGUAUCUUGUGCUGCCUUGGGCAAUAAAUUAAUAAGACACGAACAAAUUGUGUCAAUAUAACAAUACAAGCUACGCUUUAAUAAUAAUUAUACAUUAUACACAGGUCCAAAUGAACAUACCCACAUUUGUAAAAAGAGAAUAUAUGCGUGCACAUAUCCUAUUUCCUACCUCUGAUAUGAAUGUACCCAAGAAGGUUAAUUAUUGAUCAAAUUCAUUCCUUUAUAUUGAGACGUAUCUUGUGCUGCCUGGGGCAACGUGACCAACCCCUCCCCCACUCAGAUUUAAAUAAAAUUUGAAAAUCUUCCACCGGAUUGUAGUCCCUUCCAUACCCAAACUAAAAUAUUGUGCACUUCAUAUGGUUCGUUCGUAUUUGUAUGAGCCAUAAGUAGAUUAGUGAAUGCUAUUUGGCUAUGGAGUUUCGCUGCCCUGAUUGACUUAAACGGCAUUUUCUUAUUAGAAGUAUAUUUAAAGGUUAAGUUUUUAAUAUGUUAUUAAUUUGAUAAAAGAAUAUUUUAAUAAUUAAAAAAGUAUAACUUAUUAAAUUAAAAAAAUAUAUAAAGCUAAAAUGUGUGUGUGUUUUAUUAACAAUUUAAAGAGCAAUCAAUGAAAUUUAUUAAUUUUACUUAUAAUUAGAUGGAGUACUUUAUCACUUUUCUUAUGUGAGAUUAUUAAAUCAAAGAAACUUAAGAGUUUAAACUACUAUUGGUGAUUCGCGCUAUGACGUCAUUUGUGUGUUUAUUAAGAAUACAUUAAUUUUAAUUUUAUUUUGCAAUAUUAACAACACACUAAAAACAACUGAUGUUUGGUAUUUCCUGAUAAAUGUGAUUACGAUGUAAUUCUUAGAUCAUAAUUUUAUUAUGACUUUUUUUCAAAACUUUUAAAUUCGGAUAAACUGCUUAAAAUUGUUCCAUUGUGUUACAUGGACACUGGAGAAAUGUAGCGGUUUCCUUUAAUGAUAUUAAAUCAAAAUUGAUUUGAAACUUGCCAUGAGUUUUCGUAAAGCUUGCGUUUAUUGAUUAAAAAUACAACUUUAAAUGCAUUUGUAAUUUAUAAUAAUAAACUUUUACUAAAAUAAAAGUGGAUUUAAAAUAUUUUUUGCGCAUGUAAAUUUAUUCGAUUGCCGUAAAAUAAUAGAAAAAACUAUGAUUGUUUUUAGGCAUCCGAACGUACUUAAAUAUUAUCGGUUCUUUGGCGUUAAGUCAGUAUAGCUCAUUCUUAUAUAUAUACCGGUAGUUGAAAUAAAAAAUUUAAUUCUUUUUUUUUCCAUUGAUAUUGAGAUUGUAUCCAUUUGGUUUUGGUUCUUAUUUGAUUGAAACAGAUUUUUCUUUGAGGAUGUUUAAAAACUAUAAUUACUUCAUCUGAUCCCCCAUAAUUCGUUUACCUCAACUCAUCUAACAAAUUUCCUUUUUUAUCGACGUUCAUUAUAUCAUGUGGUCAAUUUUAAAUCCCAACUCAUAAUAAUUCUCUACCGACAGGUUACAUUUGUGAAUAUAGGAAUCCACCGUGUGAACCAGGGAGGUUUUGCCCUGAGUACGUCAUACCCACGUGUGUUCUUCCAGUAAGUAUCUCGUAAACCAGGAAUUUUAAAGUGUAUGCCGAUACUCAGAACCACGUGUGUACUUCCGGUAGUUUCAUGAAACAACACAACACACUUUUUGUAAACGUUGAAUUAAAUUGUAUCUGAUGCUCCUGAAACGACCUCAUCCCUAAGAGGAUAAGAACAACACUGACCUUACCUCUGAGAGAAUAAAACCAACAUUGACCUUAACCCUAAAGAGAUUAAGACCAACAUUGACCUUACCGCUCAGAGAAUAAGACCAACAUUGACCUUAACCCUAAGAGAAUAAGAACAACAAUGACCUUACUAUUGAGAGAAUAAGACCAACAUUGACCUUACCCCUCAGAGAAUAAAACUAACUUUGUUUUUUAAGAGAAAAGGACUCAAUAUUUUCGCGUUUAGAUAAUCGUUCAUCAGAUAUAAUUGGGUGAAUUUUAUUAUAUAUGUUUAAUGUGAUUUAAAAUAAAUUAAUCGAACAUUAUUUACAAAAGAAAUGAUGUUAAAAAAAUAACGCUAACUGAUAAAUAAAGCUCAAAAAUAGAAAUUAUGCUUAACAUAUUUUUUUUUAAUUCUCCCAAAGACAGACGAAUGCGGUGGGUGUCCUAUUGGACAGACGUGUGAGCUACUGUUUCCAUUGUGCACUCCGCCGUCACCCUGUGAUAGCUUGGAUCCAAGUGACUGUAUCAAGCCAGUGUGUGAGCCCAGGCCGAUCUGUGUGCCCGUUCAGACCACCCCAGCGCCGGUACGUGAGACGUGCAUGUAGCGGUCACUGUUAACUUGUGUGCGCGUCUGAGAUCUUAAAUGCUGGGAAAAUACUUCGGGGGGACAUACACCCAAACGGUCUAUGCAAAAAGCGAUUGUUUUUUGUUGUUGUUGUUACAUGGACACUGGAGAAAUGUAGUGGUUUCCUUUAAUGAUAUUAAAUCAAAAUUGAUUUGAAACUUGCCAUGAGUUUUCGUAAAGCUUGCGUUUAUUGAUUCAAAAAAAAACUAACUUCGUUGUUUGCUGUAGGUUGAUGAAUGUGGUGGUUGUCCCUGUGGAAAGAAGUGUGAGCUACUGUUUCCACCGUGCGCUCCGCCCAGACCUUGUGACAGCUUGGAUCCGAGAGACUGUAUCGCGCCAAAUUGUAAACCCAGACCGACAUGUGUGGAUAUCGAACCCACACCAGAACCGGUAUGUGAUGAACGUAUACAAAUUUAAAUUUUAAAAAAAAUAAAAUUGUUCAUAAUUUAAGUUACCGCCUUCUGAUGUUUGUUUAAGUUUGGUGUUGGGGAAUAAAUGAAAGGCCUAAACUGAAAUUCUCCAGGGCAGCAACGAAAAAAAAUUAAAGUUAGAUUGAACAGUGAACAAGUGCAUCUGCUACUUUUAAUAACUUUAUUAUAUCAUUAAACUGACCAACCAAAAUAUUUUUUUUCUUUAAAUUGGCAUGAUUUUGAUUUUUUUUAAAAAAUUGUUGAAUAUAUUUAUUGUUGAUAUUAUUAUCAUGAGAAAUAACAAAGAUAAAUGAACAAAUCUUAUAUAUUUAUAAAAGGAAAAUAAUUGAAAGUGAGCAUCUCAAUUGAUCAAAUGUAAAUCUUACGAUUAUUAACACUGCAAUGUCUCCUUCAUUUCCCGCUAUUUAUUUCCUUUAAAUAAUUAUUUUAAAAAAAAAAUUAAAAAAUAUAAAAAAUUCCAGUACGGAACAUAAGAACACAUCAAUGGUAGAACAUGUUUUAUUUUUAUUUAUUUUUAAAUUUAUAAGAAAAUACAAUCAAUGGAUUUCUUUUGAAAAAAAUGACUUAACAUUAGCAACACAAUUAUGAAGUGUGCCGAGAUUCGAGUAGCUGGCGCAGUUGAAAUGAAAGGAUGCAGAAGCGUGGUAACACUAUAUCAUAUUGCACACCUUCAAAUGUCAUUUAUGUACCCAAAAAAAUACCAAGAAUAAAAUUUAACGUUCUCGAAAGAUAUUGAUUGCAAAAAAAAAAAAUAAUCAUAAAUUUAAAAAAUAAAUGAAAAGCAUUAAUUUAAGAAAAGAACAAACUACAAAGUUUUUUUUUUCAUAGGUUGACCUCUGCGGUGGAUGUCGCAAAGGUGAAGUGUGUAUAGACACUGGAAUACGUUGUGUGACUGACCCGUGUCCAACGUUUCAAUGUGUGGCCAACAACUCGUGUGGUGGCUGCCCGCCUGGUCAAGUAUGCCAGAAGCUGUUCCCGCCAUGUCUGCCGCCUAAUUACUGCGAUGAAAUUUUAAAAAAUGACCCCACUGCCCAGUGCACGGUACCAGAAUGUAAACCAAUUGACACGUGUGUCAUUGACCCACAAGUAAGUACUCACUUAAAUUUAUCAUAACUAUUUAUAUAAAUAUGUUUUUUGUGGCAUCCAUCCAUCACAACGGGAUGAUUGUGCAGACUUUUCAGGACAAAAUCUGGAGUCUGUGACUUUUGUUAUAUCUGAGGAUAAGCUGGCUUACUGGACAGAAAGCAUCUGGAAAGCCCAAGGGAACAUCAUGUGUGGACGGUACAGAUUGUCACCAGAAGCGUUGCAUGAGUUUCUGGAAUUUUCAUUGUGUCAAUGUCAUACCGCCUACGGGACUCCACUACCGUUGUUUCAAUUCAGAAUUUUCCUUCUCUUGGAUGCAUUGCCGAGGCCUACUGGAGCAUCAGAUCGUGCAUUUUGAUGUUUCCUUACACACUUACUGUACCGACGGCGUGGUUGAUUUUCUCCCCGAUAACUUUUCCACUUUCCCUAAUCCCUAGUGUCUGCUAUUGUAAAGUUACAAUGCAGGAUGGUUGAAAUGUAUUCUAACCAGUUGGACAAAACCAAAUAUGGCUAUAAAAAAUGAAAACAAAAAGAUUAACUUUAGGAAAAGAAUACAUAAAACAUAUGCUUUCCAUAGACUGACCUUUGCGGCGGCUGCCCACCCGGUUCAUCAUG